AUGCCGGAGCAAAAUCAGAUUGCGUUAGCUCCACAGAAGGCCGAAGAGGAUGUGUGGAAGUAUCCUCGUCCUCCAGCAUUACAGCGUACUCCCAAUCGGCUGAGAGUAGUGUGGACAUCGACACAAGGCGAAGAGACCAUCAUUGCUGAUACUACAGAAGGGUAUCGGGUGUUGGAAACAUCUCAUCCCCCUACAUAUUAUCUUCCUCCGUCGUCGAUCAAGGUACCUAUACAGAAGACAUCAAGGCAGACUUACUGCGAGUGGAAAGGUAAAGCUUCCUACCAUACCAUCCGCCUUUCCCCAAACUCCGCUUCGAUCGAAAACAGAAUAUGGUCAUACCCUCAGCCUACAGCAACCUUCUCUCCAAUUAAGGAUCAUUUUAGUUUCUAUGCUUCUACAGGUACGAAUGAGCGGAAUGCAGGCGGCAAAUGGAGAUGCUAUGUUGACGAGGAGGAAGUCGGAGUACAGGAAGGAGAUUUCUAUGGAGGCUGGAUAACCAGCAAUAUCAAAGGCAAGAUGAAAGGUGGUCCUGGGACAUGGGGUUGGUAA